AUGUCCUCAACUGAGACCGAAACUGUACAGCUGAUCCGCCGAUGUUUUGCAGAGGAGGAGGAAAAUCCGCCGGUUCCCCAAACGGCGCAUGAUGUCCCAGUCUCUUACCAAGCAAUGACAUCGGAAUGGCUAACCUUAGUCUUGGGACCAUAUUCUGGCGGUGCGAGAGUCAAGAGCUUCUCCCUUGGACCAAAAGACAACGGUACAUCGAAUCGUCGACGAGUAUACCUCGAGUGGGAGGGAAAUUCGAUCAAGACACCCCCGGAGUCGGUAUUUUGCAAAGCGGCUCACGCUCUUAACAACAGAAUCACCUUGUUCAAUGGUGGCACAAAGAGUGAAUCUUGGGCUUCCAUUAUCAUGCUCCGUGACAUGGACCGGCGCACGAAAUUCUGCACACAUAGAACGAUUUUGUCAAAGGAACAGCUACGCCAACAGUUGUUAAUUUUGGCGAAGCUUCAUGGCAAUUUCUACCAAUCCACCAAGGACGUCUUUGGCCAGGUGACUACCCUGAAGGAAAGAUUCAACAGACUUAUUGUCACCGUGGACUUCAAAGGGGCGGCUGAAAACGGAUUUGAGGCAGCUAGGAGUGUCAUCCCACUCCAUGUAUUUGCCCGUGAGGACGCGGUCUGGGAACGAACUCUCCAAUCGUUGGAACGUUGUGCGUCUCUACCACCGACAUUAAUUCAUGGGGAUGUGCAUUUAGGAAACUGGUACAUGACUCCUGAUGGAAAUAUGGGCCUGACGGACUGGGCAGUUCUCUCGCGUGGACAUUGGAGUCGCGACGUUGCCUACGUACUGGCAACAGCCGUUUCACUCGAGAAGCGACGGGAAUGGGAGCAUGAGAUGGUGCAGUUCUACCUCGAGGAGCUUGCCAAGGCUGGUGGUCCAUCUGUAUCAGCUGCAGAGGCGUGGCUAGAGCUCCGUCGAGCCUCUUUUCUGGCUCUGGCGUACUGGACAGUUACACUGACGCCAUCUUCCAGCAUGCCCGACAUGCAACCCGAAGACACCACCCUGGAGUUUAUUCGCCGUAUCACAACGUUUAUGGGAGAUCACCAGGUUUUCGAUUCGUUUGCGAACAUGUAG